UAAUGAAAAAUGUCUUCCAUCGAAGGAUAAUUUUGACCUUUUACAAAAUUAACUAAUAAACUAUUAACGACAGGAACUUAUUUAGACACAUUUUAGAAGUUCGAGAUAUCAAUGGCACGUGUGAACAAUUUCAAUGAAGAAAUUUGCAGGAGAGACAAAGUGUCAAUAUUCUAUCUCUUCUGGGGAAAUACGGAAUGGGUGAGGCGAGGCCGGAGUCGAUGGAGCGGUCUGGUGAGCCAAGGCAGAGAAUGAGUUGCCAUGGCUGGAGGCGGCGUUGUGCGGCGCGUGGGAGGAAGGCAAGGGAGUGGAGGAGAACAACAGUUUCGGCCGUCGGCAAGGCGGCUGUGUUAACUAUGGGGACCACGGUUCUCCACUCUCAAGAUUACCUCGGAAGCCGCUUUCCACCUGAAACGCUCGGCUCUCCUUCCUUCAGACCUCGGUGGAACCCUAAUGCUAUGCGUUCUGGCAGGCGAAAGCGCAAUCCGUCGGGGUUCCAGGAGAAGGAGAGUGGAACUAAUCGAUGCCGAUCGAGCGUAAUUAAGCUUCCGACCAAAAAUCUCGUCAUGGGGCAAGUUACGAUCCUGAAAUGCGAAGAAGAGUUGAAAUCUGUGACAACCUGUGAUGAUGAGAAGCAGGCAAAUAUCGAGAGUGAUAUCGAUUUGGAUUUAUGUUCGAUAGAGCGGCUUGGUCCAGAGCUCGAGAUGGUUCCAAAAUAGAUCCGUCUCACUGAUUCGAAGUUCGUCGAGGGUGUGUUUGCGGGAUCUACGUUUCUCACACCUCUCCUCCCCCGAGUUCUCUCCCUUUCCCUGCCUUCACCAAAAAGGGCGUUCCUAACAAAAAUAAUGUGGCGACGACCGAUCUCCGUCAAUUGUUGCGGCUAGAUCUGUCCUGAGUUGGGUCAAGGAUGAUGUUUCUAGUCGGAGUUGGUGUCCUAAUGCCAGAUCGGUCACUCUGAAACUUUUGUUAUCGUCGGUAGCUCUGCAUAUUGGUUUUCCUCUAUUUUUUCAAUAGGCAACCAAGACCGCUUGCACAAAUAUUAGGUAGCUUUUUCAUUUUGGCUUCAGCUUCUGAAAUAGGAAGGUAGGUUAGAGUUCCAUUUAUAGCUCAUGUAGUCUGAUUUACUGAUGUAUUUGAUCAAAGAAGAAUGAUAGGGAUGCUGUUUGAUUUUAGUCUCA